UGACCGCAGCACAGGUCCAAAUCAAUCCCGCACGGACACCUAGUAUCGUAUAUCUUUCGUGCAUUCUUUUAAUUUACCUGCAGUUCCGUUCCGAACAACAAAAUUGGAUCAAUCAAUUUGGUUUGAUUUUAGCCCGUUCGCUGGCUCUGUAGAACGAAAAUCGGACAAGAACCGCAGGUGCUUGACUUUUUCUUGAUUAGCCGCACGGUGCGACUUUCACUUUUUACAAUUCGCACAAGAAAAACAACAACAAGGGCAGCCAGCAGCAACAAAAGCAACAACCAAGAAGAGACGACGAAGAGCGAUGAGUGUGGAAAAUACCAGAGCGGACAACAUCAGGCCACAGAGUGCAGCGAGAAUUGUUUAAAAUUGGUGGAUAGUACGGCAAAUGCAAAGCGAAAUAAUAACAAUAACAAACCAGCACAACAGGGCCGCCUGUGUGCGUGAACGGUAGUGUGCGUCCGUGUGUGUCAGAGUUCCAGCGAUAGUGUGUGUGUGAGUACUUUGAGUACAUUUCGGGGCCCUCGAAAAGACUUUGUGUGUGUACGUGGUUUGGAUUGGAUUCGCCAGCGAACUGGGUCAGCUCGUGAAAAUCCAGCAUGGAGAGCAGGACCCAAAUGAACCAAUCAAAUCAGCAACAGCAGCAGCGGAAUAGGCUGCCCUCCUCACCGAGUCCACCUCUCAGCGUAAAUCUCAGUGGCGGCCCGAACGCAAAUACCACAUUAAUGGGCUUGGAGCAGGAUUCAGGGCCUCCGUCGCAGCUGGGCAGGAAUAACAACAACGGCGGAGGAGGGGGACACCAUCGCAGCCACAGCAUUACCAAUGCGGCGGCGACAUCCUUUGUGAAUCUCCUGGACGGAUUUACGGCCCGCGUCUCCACAGCAGUGAGUGUGGCCGGUGGCACGAGCUCCUCCAACAUGCUGAUGGACCGCAGCAGCCAAAGCGCCGCCAGCACACCGGGAUCCACGCACUCUAUUGCCAGCCUUACGAGCAUGGGAUCCCUGGGCACCACCGCCAAUGCCCUUUACUCCUCCAUCGGUAGUGCUCUCAACUCCAUCACCUCGCCCAUCCAAGCCGCGGCUGCAGCGGCCACGGCCACAACCACGGAGGUGGUGGUGGCAGCCGCCUCUGUGAUCACCAACCACCUCAGCUCGCCCACCAGCGGCACUCCGCCGCACGGACUAGAUGCCGACGAGGGCGACGACGAGUGCGACGAUUGUGAGGAGGACGAGGACGAUCCAGUGGACAACGACGGUCACAUUGCCGCGCCCACGCCCAACAAUAGCUGGGCCGAGAACAAGCUAGUCGUGCAGGAGAUGCGCAAGAAGAUGUGCAACCUGUCCUCGAUGGUGCCCACCAACGUGCAGUUUCGCCACCUUUCCGACGGCCGUGCCCGGUGCUACUUCCUGGGAACUCCGCCGCAGAGCUGGGAGACCACGCUGCUCUUCGCAGACAUCAAUCUGCAGCAGUCGGAGGAGCAACAGCUGCUGGUGCAGCGCCUGGAGGCUAGUGAGUCGAGUGUCGGGAGUCCCACUCUGAGUGCAGGAUCCCCAACGAGCAGCGGCCAGCACACGGCCUUUCUCUUCAAUCCUCUGCAAAGGCCUAGGCUCCCUUGGAGCCCGCUGUUGCAGCAGCCUAUUCAAAGCAGUGGCGGCAGCGGAGGCAGUGGAUCGGCCAGUCCAUAUGCCCGCGAGUACCAGCUGCUGCAGGAGCGUAAGCGCCUCUCCACCUGGGGCAUCACUUGCUACGAGCUGCACAAGCCCUCUGGCAAGCUAGUCUUUCCCUGCUUUAACGACCUUUACCAAUGUCUGGACACGGGCUACAAUUCUGGACUGCUGUUCCCCACGCAGCUACGCACCUGCCCACAAUGGACCGCCCUUGACCCGCAGAUUUGUCCCCAAAACUCCGACAUGAUAGCAUACAUCAGCGACUGCGAUCUUUUUGUCACCCACACGCUGAGCGGUCACGAAAAGCGACUUACCUACACCUCAACUGGACGGCACUCUUACGUGGACGAUGCCCUGAGCGCCGGUGUGCCCUCGUAUGUAAUGCAGGAAGAGUUUAGCCGCUACCAGGGCUUCUGGUGGCAGCCACAUUCCAACGACGGCAUCUACCGCAUUGUCUACGAGGAGGUUGAUGAAUCAGAGGUUUCUGUGUACACCUUUCCCUCGUCGACGGCCCAGCACGGCAGAGUGGACGAGUACCGCUUUCCGCGCACCGGCAGUCCCAACGCCAAGUCAAAGCUCAAGCUCGUGCAGUUCGUACUAAACGAGGCACUGCAAGUCAGUGAGAUCGCCAUCAAGGACUUGCCAUACUCCCUGUUGGCCGUCUUCAGCUGGCUGGAGUAUAUUGUUCGCGUCGGAUGGACACCGGAUGCGAAAUACGUUUGGGUGCAGGGACUAGAUCGGAAGCAGCAGCGUCUGGAUGUAAUCCUAAUACCGCUGGAUAACUUCUGCGAGUCCUACAGCAGCCAGGUUUCUACCCCAACGGACUCCAUAGGCGACCACAGCUGGCGCAGCCUGUACAGUCGGACGAUAACACCUCUUCAGGUUAUCUAUACUGAGCGCUCGGAUAGCUGGAUCAACGUGCACGAUAUGCUUCACUUUUUGGAACUGACGGAAACGAGCGUCACUUUUCUCUGGGCAUCGGAAGAGACGGGUUUUCGACACCUGUAUUUGGUCACCGCCAGCCUGUUGCUAACUCAAGCAAACGGCCAAACGGACGCAGGAUCGGCAGCCGCCCAGCCAAGUUUUGUAGAGCCUUCCGCACUGCAGCCGCGCAUCAUAAACAAAGUGGCUUUGACCAGCGGCGAGUGGGAGGUGCUUGCCAGGAAUCUCUGGGUGGACAAGAUUAACAAGCUCGUGUACUUUGUGGGAUUGCGCGAUACGCCGCUGGAGAAACACCUGUACGUUGUCAGUUUAGAUCGGCCCGAACAGCUCCGCCUGCUCACGGAGCCAGGAUACUCCUACCUCGUUGAGUUCGAUGACGAAUGCCAAUUAAUGCUGCUGGUUUAUUGCAACAUCCAGCGACUGCCAAGCUGCAAGGUGAUGCGCGUUAAUCAGACGUGCUCAAACGGCGGGGUCAAUGGCAUCCAGAUUUCGCUAGUUGGCUAUCUUCACGAAGGCGGAAAGCCGGAGCCGCAGUACUGCCCGCAAAUUUUCAGGCCCCAGCUACCGUCGGGAGAUAUCGUUUAUGCCAUGGUCUUUAAGCCGCACAACUUCGAGCUGGGUGUCAAAUAUCCCACGGUGCUUAACGUUUAUGGCGGACCCGAGGUGCAGACCGUUAACAACACAUUUAAGGGAAAACAUCAAUUACGAAUGCAUAUGCUGGCUGCCCAGGGAUAUUGCGUCAUUUGCAUCGACUCGCGAGGAUCGCGACAUCGUGGCAAGCGGUUUGAGAGCCACAUCCGCGGUCGAAUGGGUCAGGUGGAGCUGACUGACCAGGUGGACGCCCUGCGCAUCUUGGCCGACCAACUGGGCUACAUUGAUAUGAACCGCGUGGCGAUUCAUGGAUGGUCCUACGGCGGCUAUCUAAGCUUAAUGGGCCUGGUUCAGUAUCCGAAAAUCUUCAAAGUAGCCAUUGCCGGAGCGCCGGUCACCAACUGGGAGUAUUACGACACGGGCUAUACGGAGCGAUACAUGGAUCUGCCUCAGAACAACGAGGCCGGCUACUCGGCCGGAUCGGUGCUCGAAUACGUAAACGCUUUUCCAGAAGAGGACAAGCGUCUGCUGCUAAUUCACGGCCUGAUUGACGAGAACGUGCACUUCUGCCACACUUCCCGACUGAUCAGCGCUUUGAACAAGGCCAAUAAGCCGUACGAGGUGCAUUUGUUCCCGGAAGAGAGGCAUUCGUUGCGAAAUCUGGAAUCGAAUAAAAAUUACGAAACGAAAUUACUAUCAUUCUUGCAAAACUUAUGAGAUUCGUAAGGUUCGACGGCCAAAACAAGAUAAGGCAAAACAACUAGCCCCGUUCCCGCCCUCGCCCCUUUGCAAUAGUUCAUCAUUGUCUUUGUUUUUAUUUAACUUUUUGUUGUUCAAAAAUUGUUUUUAUUAGAUAAAGAAAAUGAGAGCAAAAGAAAUUUGUAUCAUACUUUAGCAUACUUAAUUUAUAAACAUACGCAGUUGUAAGUAUAAUGGAAAGAUGAAUGAAUGAACGUUUUUCCUACCUCCAGCCCCCUGUGUAGACACUUCAGACCAAUCAGCUUACUGUUAUUAAUUUAUACUUUAUGAUUUCUCCCAACACACCGUACACUUAAUUAUUGUAAUUGUUUUUAAUUUGCACAAAUGUAUAUUUCUCCUAUCUCUAAUUAUAAGUUGUGUUUUAGAGCGUCUGUACGAAUAUGUGUGAUUGUCCCCCAAAAAUAGAAAAACCUUAAACUUGUCAUGCCUAUGGGGCAGGCCAUCAAUUAAAGUUAGUUCUACGCAUGCAUAUAAAUAUAUAUCUCUUCGAUAAAACAUUAGCAAGACAAAUACAUAUUUGAAUGAGUUUUUAGAAAUACACGUUUGGCUGAAGCAACAAAAAACUGAAUAUAAUUAAAAAUUAAUUACGCCUAUAAAUAAUCAUUAGUUUUACAAAUGAUACAUGCAAAACUAUAUAUAUAUUUUGUUUAACAAUUAAAUAAACAGUUGUGUGUAU